CAACCCAUAAUCGAAUGCCAAAUAUAAUCAUAACAGAUGGUGAUCCUGCUAUGAAACGGGCAGUAAUUACAGAAUACCCAGAAACACAGCACUUUAUAUGCAUUUGGCAUAUUAAAGAAAAUUUUAAAAAAAUGCUUCAUGGCAAAUUAGGUAAUCAGUACUCUAUAGCAAAACAGUAUUUAAAACAUCAAUUAUAUAAAAGGCGAUCUUCUUGGGCAUGUGCUUUCAGUGCUUUAGUAUUUACACUUGGCAUUCAAUCAAUAUCCUUUGUUGAGAGCCAGAAUUCAUAUAUUAAACGUGUCAUAAAUAAUAGCAAUAUAUCACUUUGUGAUAUUGGUAAAAUAUUAAUAGAGCGUAGUGAAGAGGAACGAAAGCAUAAACUUAUUGAAGAAUGGAAAAAUAAUAUUCCUAAUACAACAUGUAUCUCUACUCAAAUGAAGGAAAGUAUAUACUAUGUCUCUAAUCGCACUACUAUUGAAGCUGAAUCUCUCAAAGUUCAGGAGCCCUCACAAAUUGAUGAUUUUAAUAAUGAUCAAAAAAUCAAUCACAUUGUAUUUCUUUUAGAAAAUGUAUCAUACAUGUGCACUUGUCUUAUGCAACAAAAUCGAGGACUUUUAAUUGCAAAACGCUGGAUUCCAAAAAAUCAAUGGCAUAACGUAUCAAAAGAACGUGUAUAUCGUGGUCAACGAUUUAACAAUAAUACUAUGAGUUUGGACAUUAAUAUUAAUAUUCUGGAUAGUAAUAUAACAAACUUAGAGAGUAAUGAAGAAAAAUUUAAAUGGUUGUGUCCAUUUAAUAGUAGUAAUGACAUUGUUGAAGAGACUACUACAAAUGAUGCAUUUGUUGAAGAGCAACUCUUCUACAGAAAUGUUUGGGGUCUUAACUAUUUGAAAAAAAUUCAUAGACAAGAAGAAGAGCUUGUUAGAACUCAAGAAGCCCAUAACAAUAUGUCAUCUAAUAAUUUUACUGAGCAACAUCAAAAUACUAUCAGUACAGAGAAUGUAGAGUUGUCAACACAAUUUAAAAAUUCUCGCAAAGUGUUUGUAAGAGUAAGGCCUAAAUCUGCAAGUCAUCGUAACCAAACAUCGGGGAGUGCAAAUAACAAAAAAAAACAAGGAAAACAAGGAAAAUGUGGAUAUAAGUGCAGAAUAUGUAAAAAGUCAGGUCAUAAUGCUGCAACAAGUUCAAAGAUAAUAAAAAGUGAUGAAACCAAUGAGACUGAUGAGACCGAUAUAACAGAAGAGUAA